AUGAGAUGGCGGCUCGCGGUCGCGGAGCGUUUCAAGACGUGCGCAUGGAGAGGAGCUGAGCUACAGGAGGGAUUGAUGCUGGCGUUGGAGGGAACAAAAGAACUGAUCAUCCCGGUAUGGCAGGCCGUGGCACACGGACCUGUUGCCCAAGAUGAUGAUAAUUGCGCGAUGCUCGAUAGCCCGUCCGUCUGCAGUGACGUCGUGCAAGUCGGCCGAGUGUCCCCCGGGGUGCAAGGCCAGCCGACGCAGAGCUGGAUCCCGCCCAGGACGAUGAAGGACGAUGAAUCACCUCGCCUGGGCGCGUAG